UUGGCUAUCAUUAAGGUGUCAUGGCGGAGCGUUAUAAUAAACGUAUUGUUAUUUUGUGAAAUUCUAUGUGCCUACUUGUAUGUGCUAUAAUAAAUGGACGACAACGAAAUUAGAAGAAAUAAGCAUACCUGAAUCACCGAGGACCACAACCUUCACUUUCUCAAUCGCAGCCAUUCAUUGAAGAAAUUGUCGUGAAACAUGACGGAAGAACGUUACGUGACUGAAGUUCCUAGUAGUUUAAAACAGCUAGCAAGAUUAGUCGUCAGAGGCUUCUACACAAUAGAGGAUGCACUCAUUGUUGAUAUGCUGGUCAGGAAUCCAUGUAUGAAAGAAGACGAUAUUUGUGAGUUAUUGAAAUUUGAAAGAAAAAUGCUAAGAGCAAGAAUUUCGAUUCUCAAAAAUGACAAAUUCAUUCAGGUCAGACUGAAAAUGGAGACAGGACUAGACGGAAAAGCACAAAAAGUUAAUUAUUAUUUCAUAAACUACAAGACUUUCGUAAACGUCGUAAAGUAUAAAUUAGAUCUUAUGAGGAAGCGGUUAGAAACAGAGGAACGUGACGCUACAAGCAGAGCCAGUUUCAAGUGUCCAGCUUGUGGGAAGACCUUUACAGAUUUAGAAGCAGAUCAGUUAUACGAUAUGGCCACACAAGAAUUCCAAUGCACGUUCUGCAGUGCAGUUGUGGACGAGGAUAUGUCGGCGCUACCAAAAAAAGACUCCAGAUUAUUGUUGGCCAAGUUCAAUGAGCAGCUGGAAACGCUUUACAUAUUAUUGCGAGAGGUCGAAGGCAUCAAACUGGCUCCAGAGAUACUGGAACCAGAACCGGUCGAUAUUAACACAAUACGAGGAUUGACGUCCAAGCAGUCCGCAUUGCGUCCGGGCGGCGAGCAAUGGUCGGGUGAGGCGACGCGCAACCAAGGCAUGCUGGUCGAGGAGACACGAGUCGACGUCACCAUCGGAGACGACAAGCCCGCGCGGGACGCCGGCGCGCUACGCAAGGAGCGGCCCGUCUGGAUGGUCGAGAGCACCAUCGCCUCCAACGAACAGAGCGACAGCGUGCACUCGACGGACGCGGCCCUCGAAAAGGCGGCCAGUACUGCCGCAAGCGUCAAAACCGCAGGGAAGGAGAAGAACGACGACAUUAUGUCCGUCCUGCUCGCACACGAAAAACAACCGAGCGCAGGAAACCCUGUCUCAAACGCUGUUAAGGGUCUCGAAGCAGAGAGCUCGGACUCCAGCGACAACGAAUCGAAAGAUCCGUACAAACUCAAAGAUGAACUUGCAGCUGUCGCUGAAAUGGAAAGCGAUGAUUCGGAUUCUGAUGAUAACGCGCCCUCGGUUAUGGUGAACGGUAAGACGGUGCCAUUGACCAGUGUCGACGACGACGUUAUCGCACAGAUGACGCCCACUGAGAAGGAAACGUACAUUCAAAUAUAUCAGGAAUAUUACAGCCACAUGUACGAUUAGAUUAAGCCUUAGCUGUUAUUUCUAAGUAAUAAACCAAUCAAGAUCUUUUUUAUUAUUAUUAUUAUUUCGAAUAUCACUGACGAAUUACAUAGGGUACUAGUUUAGUUUCAGUUUUGUAGUUUUGAUGUGAAGCAUCUAUAGCCGCA